AUGGCCCAUCUCCUGGGGAACCCAAGCUGUAUGGACAGCCUGAGGAAGGACAUCACGGACCUACAAGGAGCCAUUGUGGAUGUGUUCUCCAGAGCUGGGGCAGUGCGCUUCCCCUCUUGGAAGUUCCCUGACAAAGUGUCCUGUGACCUGGACUUGGUUUCUCUCUUGGAACACUAUGACCACGUAGAAGGGAACCCCGAGUUCACUCAGCUUUCCCAUGUGGUGCUCCUGGAGCUAGUGAUCGACAGGCUCCUUUUACUUCUCCAGAGCUUUACCAGCUACACGGACAACAUCACCAGCAACGAGAUGAUCCCCAUACCCCGGGAGGUGGGGCCCUGCAUGUCUGUUGGGCUCACUGUGCGCAAGUACUGGACCAGUAUGCUGAGGCUAGGAGAACUCUACCGGCAAUCGGUGAUUGAGGUAGGGACGGCCUGAGCCCAUCCCUCCUCUGGUUCUGGGGGUCUCUAUGGAAUCCAGCAGGAGCCCAGGAUCCCCCCUGCCUCCCGGCGGUCCUUGAGCAAGAGGUUUCCUCCCUGGAGGCCUCCCCUGGGACAUAAUGCAGAGGCCGCGCCAGAGGGCCUUCGGGCCUUCGUCACACUGUUCUUCCUGAAAGCCUGUUCGCA